AAUAGGAUUCCGCAUUGUCUCCUAAAGCCUGCCCCCAUGGGAUUUUAAUGGGCAGAGAUUAGGUAAUGGCGACGGGUUUGUUGAAGUACUAUAAUAUGGUGUGGGAAGUAAAGACAAAGGACAUGCCCAACGCAGUGCAAAAAGUCCAAUUGGUAAUGGAAAAAAGGUCUACAGUAAUAAAUGAUUCAUUGGAAAUGCUAAAGUGCAAUGAACGUAUUCCAUCUUCACCAGGCUAUGAAUCCUCUGAUGAUCAUAUGGAACUUGACGAUCUUCCAGAACUGCAAGCCGUUCAGGCUGAUGCCACAUCACCUGAGAUUUUCCACCUAGAUGCAAAUAUUUCACAUCAACAAUAUACAGUGCCUUCAUGGAACCAAAAUACCUCAGAUAUGCCUGAAAGUGCCUAUCCAUAUGACAAUGGGGUCAAUUGGCUGACAGAGCUGGCUAACAUAGCAACAAGCCCUGAAAGUCCCUUAAUGCAAUGUUCUUUCUACAACAGGUCAUCACCAGUUCACAUAAUUGCUACCAGCAAAAGUUUACAUUCCUAUGCCCGGCCUCCACCUGUUUCCCCAGACAGAGAGACCAGAACCUCCAAAAGUCAUUGGAAGGAGGAGCCAUCAGUCAGACACCAACGAGCACAUAGUGAAUCGGAGUCUGGCAUAUUCUGCAUGUCCUCAUUUUCUGAUGAUGAUGAUUUAGGAUGGUGCCACUCUUGGCCUCUUACUGUUUGGCAUUGCUUUUUGAAAGGCACACGUUUAUGCUUUCACAAAGGCCGUAAAAAGCAGUGGCAUGAUGUAGAAGAUUUUGUCAAAAUGGCACAUUAUAGAAAUGAGCGUGAAAUGACAGCAGGAACUCAUAAGGGUUAUGGUGCUGAUGGUUUGAAGCUGAUCUCCCAUGAAGAGAGUGUCUCAUAUGGAGAAUCGGUCCUGCAACUUACUUUUGACCCUGGUACAACAGAAGAUGGCUUGCUCACAGUAGAGUGCAGACUGGACCAUCCCUUUUAUGUUAAAAACAAAGGUUGGUCAUCUUUUCACCCAAGCCUAACUGUGGUUCAGCAUGGCAUUCCCUGUUGUGAAAUCCAUGUUGGUGAUAUAUGUCUACCUCCUGGACACCCAGAUGCCAUAAAUUUUGAUGAUUCCGGUGUUUUUGAUACAUUUAAAAGUUAUGACUUCACCCCAAUGGACUCUUCUGCAGUUUAUGUGUUAAGUAGUAUGGCACGUCAGCGCCGCGCUUCCUUAUCCAACGGAGGGGCGAGCAGUCCAGAUUCGGAGAGAUCUGAAUAUAGCAAGGACUGUACGUCUCCAAGAUCUUCACAAACUUCCUACUCUACAUUAUUUAACAAAACUGGCAGGAGCCACAGCUCAGGGACUGCAAACUCUGUGAUUGCCACCUCCCCAAACAAGUGCAAAAGACCAAUGAAUGCCUUCAUGCUUUUUGCCAAAAAGUAUAGAGUUGAAUACACUCAGAUGUAUCCAGGAAAAGAUAACCGAGCCAUAAGUGUGAUACUUGGUGACCGAUGGAAGAAAAUGAAGAAUGAGGAAAGGAGGAUAUACACGAUAGAAGCUAAAGCUCUGGCUGAAGAACAAAAACGUUUAAAUCCUGACUGUUGGAAAAGGAAAAGAACAAAUUCGGGUUCACAACAGCAUUAAACAUGAAUGUUGACAGAUAUUUGUGUUGAGUUUUUUAUGUCGAAUGUGCUAUACAUCUGGAUGGAGGAAGAAAAUCUGGCAUCACAAUGUCUUUUUGAAUUUGUGUGAUGAUACAAUAAUUGGUAUAAUUGUCAAGAGAAUGACGAGUGAAGGUUUUCUUUUUCUUUUUUUUUUUUUUAAACAAAAAAAAAUUAUAUAUAUAUAUAGCAUUAAGUAUGCAAAAUAUCAAUAUUUAAACCAAAUUGCCUUAUUUUUGGAAAAUUAUCUGGUAACCUAGGCUUGAAAUUUGUUAUCCUGUGGUGCUAAAAUGAGGUGUGUAUUAGAACAUUGUUUAAAAACAGACAGGUAAAAAGGGGAAUUUAUAGACCAUAUAACUGCUGUUUAUUGACCCUACUGCUUAUUAAUAUGUAUUGCACAGAUUUAAUUAUAUUUGGACGUCGGAAUAUGUAAGUUUCUGACGUGACAUUUUAAUGCAAAGUGCAUAUGCACUAACUGACUAUCCAGCACCACUCGGCUACAUUACAUUAUAUGGCAAGUCGAUCGUUGGCUUCUUUGUGAACAGGAGUCUGGAAUCUAUUACAGAAUCCUCCAAAUGUUAUUGAAAAGCAUAACUGUUUAGUGAUUUAGUUGGCUGCAGAAGCUACAGGUAGAAUUUUAUUUUGCUACAGAAAAUGUCAUUUAUGAUGAGGAGGGGGAGGGGAACGACUUUGCACUUAACUCUGGUGCAACACUCGCACUUUACUUUUUCCUGCAACUGUCAGAGUGAACAGAUGCAUUUAUUUUUUAUUAUUUUUGUUACAGUGGCAUAGCUGUGACUUGCUGCAAUCAUGGCUCUUCGUGCUAAUAUUCAAGAAUCACGGCUGUAAAACAAUGUGUCUGACAUGUGUCAUCAUAUUGCCCCUAUAAUUUUUGCACAUUAUAUACUUGUAUAUUUCAAAUAAAUUUGUUCAAAUGA